AUGGCGACGAUGAGCACUCCUGAAGAUGUUCACACAGACAACCUCAAGGCAGUUGAGAAGGGAUUCGGGAGCGAACCCAACGAAUCCAACGAAGACGGGACUUUCCAUCAACAGCAGCUCGGUCCCAAAGCGAAGAGGAAACAUUUCUUUUCCUCCCUCGAUCCUGCCUAUGCGGAUGCAGUUCACCGCGAUGCACAAUCAGUUCAAUUUACGGAACUGGACGAGAAAGCUGUCAGGAAGAAGAUAGACAACCGAGUGCUACCGUUGGUCAUAUGCAGAGAUUUGGAGAACGGAGACGUAUUGAUUGGUGACAGUGGCAAUGCACAUGUCCUGAAGGCUUUUAAUGAUAAUUUUGGAAUAUCGACCAAUGCUAGAUGGACACUAGCCCUUAGUAUAUUUUAUGUUGGCUACUGUCUUCUCGAAAUGCCCGCGAAUGUACUCCAACGUCAUAUCGGCGCGAACAGAUUUUUCUUUAUCUCUUUAGGUUUCUGGGGAAUUACCUCUUUGUCGUUUGUAUAUGCUAAGGGGUACGCAAGCCUGUUGGUGCUGAGAGUUCUAUUGGGAAUCGGUGAGGCCGGCUAUUACGCAGGGAUGAUUUACUAUCUAUCCUUCUGGUACAAACGAUCGGAGCUUGCUGUGCGAAUAAGUCUAUGUAUGACCGGGACGCUUCCUGGAGCAAUUGGGGGUCUCUUGGCCUUCGGACUUGUUCGAGCGCAUACGUCGCUCCUUGUUGGAUGGCAGUUUCUGUUCCUAGCGAGUCACUCUAAUAUUGUGUGCAUCGAAUAUACUAACUUUGUUCAGAUUGAAGCUAUUCCAACCUUGAUCAUGGCGAUCUCGAUAUUGUUAUUUCUUCCGUCGUUUCCUUUCUCUGCCGAGUUCCUUUCCCCAAGAGAGAAAGCGAUAGCGCAAGCUAGACUCAAUAAAGACCAUAAUCCUCAGUCCCAUGGCGGCAUGUCGGGAUGGGAAGGCUUUAAAGCAAUAGUAUCGGAUAUCAACGCUUGGCUUUUCAUGCUCAUCUAUGCCAGUUUCAAUGUUGGAGUGGCCACGAUAUCGUACUUUCUACCAACCUUGAUACGAGGCCUCGGGUUCUCGGACAUCAAUGCGCAGGGCCUCACGGUGGCGCCCUACGUGGUCGGUUGGUUCAUGGUCGUCCUCCAGGCUUGGCAUAGCGAUCGCACGAAAGACCGCGGUUAUCACAUAAUGCUCUCUUGUGCUAUUUCGUUGGUGGGCUACGUCAUUCUGGCUAUCUUGUCGCAGAGGAACGUUGGAGCCUCGUAUUUUGCGCUGUUCCUGGUUGUUGGCGGUAAUUACAGUUUAUUCCCUUUGGUCAUGAGCUGGGCAGCUAAUGCCUUCUCUCCGACAUCCAAACGGGGCGUUGGGACUGCCUUUAUCGUUUCCAUCUCAAACUGCGUAUCAAUUGCUUCUCCGCAAGUAUAUUUCGACCCUGAUGAUGGCUUCCAAAAGGGACACGCGAUAGCCGCAGGGAUGCUGGCCCUCUCAUUCAUCACGGCAUUUACUCUGCGAACUCGGCUAGCCUUGCUGAACAAGCGAAACAGGCGGCACAUGUCAUCUUUGGACCAGGAUGGGAAAGGUUCCGUCGACAAUGACGGAGAAGAGAUCUGGGACACAGACCCGAGAUACCAAUUCAAGACAUAA